AUGCCCUUGGUCAAUUUGUUUAUUUAUUCAAUCACUUUACUAGCCACCUCAAUUGCGGAGUCUUCCCGACAAGCUUCAGGAAUCCCAGGGAUCACCCCAACUGAUGAAAAAGAUGGGAAUCUCCCAGACAUCAUAACUAGUGGCAGCUUGCAUGAGUUUCAGGUCAACCUCCAUGAGAAAUAUGGCCCAAUUGUCUCCUUCUGGUUUGGACAACGUCUUGUGAUCAGCCUGGGGUCCGCUGACCUUCUGAAGCAGCACAUUAACCCUAACAGGACAACGGACCCCUUUGAAACAAUGUUAAAGUCCUUGUUGCAGUAUCAGUCUGGCCUGGGUGGAGACAUGGCCGAGAGCUGCUUGAGGAAAAAACUGUAUGAAAAUGGUGUCACCAAGCUGCUGCCGAGUAAUUUUCCAGUCAUCCAGAAGCUGUCAGAAGAAUUGCUAUCAAAAUGGCUAACUUUCCCUGAGUCUCAACACGUGCCCCUCAGUCAACACAUGUUAGGCUUUGCAAUGAAAGCUGUUACACAGACUGCUAUGGGCAGCAGAUUUGAAGAUGACCAAGAAGUCAUCCGAUUUCGUAGGAACCAUGAUGUGAUCUGGGCAGAAAUUGGAAAGGGUUUCUUAGAUGGUUCACUUGAUAAAAGCGUGACCAGAAAAAAGCAGUAUGAAGAUGCCCUGAUGGAAAUGGAGCUGGUCUUGAAGAAAGUCAUAAAAGAGCGCCAAGGAAGGAGCUUCAACCGACACAUCUUCAUCGAUUCUUUACUGCAAGGGAAUCUGAGUGACAAGCAGAUUCUGGAGGACACUAUGAUCUUCUCUCUGGCAGGAUCCAUAAUCACCGCAAAAUUGUGUACCUGGGCAGUCUAUUUAUUAACUACCUCUAAAGAAGUUCAGCAAAAGCUUUACAAGGAGUUGGAUCAGGUUCUUGGGAAAAGCCCUGUUACGCAUUUGAAAAUUGAGCAACUUAGGUCUGUGUCUGUUUUUACACUGAUUUUUUUUAGUGUCAGCAAAUGUCAUAUUCCUGGUCUCUUAACCAGGAAUGAGAGGAGGAUUCUUGUGUUCUUCCUCUUGCCCUAUCAAUUUCUCAAUCCUUUUCAAAAUUAAUUUUAAACCUGGUAUAGUACUAUACUGCUAAUGUGCUUAAUCCAAGACAGAGUUUGCCACAUGAGCUGGCAAACCCAUUCCAUUCCAAUAUCUUAUAUCCUGUAUCCAGCAGCUGGGGGAAUACUUAAUGGGGUUUUUGAGGGCAGCAGUAGGCAGAGCUAUGAUGCAAAAUGGGU